AGCGCCAUCGAUCCAAGCGGAUCAGCUGCAAACGCUCGAGAGCUAGAAACCCAACGCCCGGACAGCGUUCUCACGACUAUUAAUUACGUUUCCUCAAACAUCUUUAUUCACCAGUUGAAAGUGAAGUUGAAGGUUCACAAACCAGUGCUGAAAGGAAAUAAACAAACAAUCGGUCAAGAUGAGUGCACGACUGCUGAAAGAUCCGAACACCGUGAACUGUCGUAUCUUCAUAGGCAAUCUGCAGACCGACGAAAUGACGAAAAUGGAGCUUGAGGAGCACUUCUCCAAGUACGGGACUGUCAUUGGAGCCCUCACGAAUCGGGGAUUUGGUUUUGUGCAGUUUGAGAACGAGGAAUCCGCUCAGGCUGCUAUCAGGAAUGAGGCGGGACAGAUGCUCAAGGGACGGCGAAUUGACGUGAAGCCAGCGAAGAAGGACGGCAACACCUUCAGCAAUCAGCAGCAGUUCUCCAACCGCAACCCCCAGCAGCGCAACAGCUCCUUCGCCCCCUCCAACCAGAGUUUCGCCCCGAAGAACCAGAGUUUCACCCCCUCCAACCAGUCGUUCAGCAGUUCGACCCCCCAGAACUCGUCGUUCGAGGAUCCCCCCAAGCCCUCGGAGAACCCGCCCCAGGAUGACUUCGCCGACGAUCAGGAGGACGAGGAGGUCGAGGGGGACCAGAACUUCUCCGAGAAUCAGAACAACAACUCGUUCAACGAGAAUCAGGACAAGGACGACGAGUCCUUCAGCCAACAGAACUCCAACAGAGCCGACGAGUCCGGUGGCGGUGGCAGCAUCUCCGGGGGGAACUCCAACGGCUCCAACGCCAACAGCGGAGCCAACAGCAAUCAGGGAAAGGGAGGGAAUCAGAAUCGCCCUGGCAACAAUCAGAAUCAGAAUCAAAAUAAAAAUGCGAACAAUCAGGGGGGCAAUCAGGGAGGCAAUCAGACGAGGACGAGGGGCAAUCGAGGUGGGAAAAAUAGGAAUAAAAAUCGUGACAACAUGGGGGGAAACAACUUCAGGGACAGGAGUCCACUGAAUCGGGGGAACAGAGACGACAUGCCCAGGGACUGGGAGAUGAACAAGAUGAGGGGCAGUGGCUUUGGCCCCAGGGACUACAACGAGCCCGUCGGCCGAUUCGAUGAUCGCUUCAGGGACAUGAUGCCUGGGCCCAACGUCAGGCCGAUGGCACCGCCCGACUAUCCUCCUGUCGUUGAGAAAAACGACUGUGAGAUCAUCGUUGUGCACAAGAGCUUGACUGAGUACGCUGAGGCCAUCGAGGCCAGGCUGAAGAAACUCGGACUCACUGUUGAUCUGCUGUUUCCCAAUGAGGAGGUGUCACUCAGUCGAGUGCUAGGGAAUAUCGCGAAUCGAGGCUGUUUGUAUGCUGUUGUCGUGGUACCUAUCAAUCUGGAGCAUCACUCGUUGACGCUUAAUAUUCUGCAUGGAUUGCCGCAAGAACACCGAAAUAUGCCAGUGGAGGACGCCCUGAACCUAAUCAGUCGUGACUUCAGUAACUACAAGUCAGGAGGUCGUGGAGUUCCUCUGAAUACUCCUUUCUCGAGCGAUCGUCAUCCAGAUGCCAUUCAGGUGCUCCUCAACAUGCUGGCGGACAACCACCAGCUGACAGUUCUCCAGUACGAACGAGUCCUCAAGUAUCUGGAGAUAAAGCGCGAGGAGCAGGUGCAGGUCGAGCUCGGGGACACCAAAGACCUUUCAUCGGGUCUGGGCGUCAGUGACCCCAAGCAAGCGGAGUUGCAGUCGAGAAUAUUGAACAUUCUCAACAGCAACAGACCCAACGCCAACGCACCUGCACCCAGUCCAGUACCAGCGCCCGCUCCAGUGCCUCCAGCGACUUGGGCUGCAGACACGUCAACGACAUCGACAACCUCAGCAUCUGGAACUGGAGUGACUCCGUCUCCACUCCUGAACGAUCCCACAGUGCAGAAGGCACUUGACAGCCUUCUCCAGGGGAAUCUCCUGAAAAGCAUUGGCGAUCCUCAGUCCACAACAGCCUCAUCAUCUCAGCCACUUUUCGCUGCUUUUCCGAAUAUAAAUCGCCUCUAAAUUAUUUCACCAUCAAUGAGGCCUCUUAUUUUCCAUAUUUGUUUAUUCACAUACACGUACAUGAUGUAUCAAUUUUUUAUGUCUAGAAUUAUCACGAAAAUAUUUUAAUAACGAGUGGUGAAAUGUAACGGAAUUAAACAGAACAAGUCUUGCUCUGUUAAAAGUCGAAUUAUCUCGAGAAUGAGUUGUUCUAGGAGAAAAUGUGAGAAUACAUUUUUUGGAGCUGAGAAAAUACUCUGCAUUUUGUUCCCGGGACAUUUUCUCCUAGCCCCACUCAUUGUUAAGAUAAUCAUCAAGUAACGAAGGGAAAUGUGAGAUAUUUUCUCUGCAAAAAAAGUCUCGUCAAAUUUCCUUCUAAAGCCACUCGUUUUUAUAGAUGGAUAAAUAAUCAGCAAGAAAGAAUUAUGCGUUUCACUACUAUAAUUGAAAAAAUGGGGAAAUGUAGCUACUGGAAGUUCUCAAUUAUCUUCUAUGAUACCUUGAAAGAUAAAAUGGGUUACUAAUAAUUCCACCACUUUUUUCACAUUAUGAAUAACAAAUUUCGGUGCCCAAUUACAGCGAAAUCAUGAUUAAGAAAUUCAAUAAUUUUUGAAUGGCGAAUGACGAAUAACACUCUGCAAUGAACUGACAAAACUAAAUUACAAAAAUUACGUUUUACAACUUCACGAAAUCGCUCUGAGACUCCAGGUAACAUUAAAAUAUAAUUUCCUCUACCUUUAAUGUGUACAAUGUAUUCAAUUCAGUCACGAUGUAUGUAACAUUUGAAUGACAAAAUAAAUCGGAGAGAAAACA